AAUAAGACACAAAAAUAGGCUAACAAAGUGAAUAAAGUUUGACUUUGUAAAUAGAACUUUAUUUUUGGACGGAGGGAGUAUAUACAAAGGAUACCGUUGUGAUUUGUGACAAUGGAGGCCUCAACCGAAACCAAACCUUCUCCGGCUGUGUGGAGGCUGAACCCCAUCGAAGCUACUCCCGAGACCUUCCGAGACUUCGGACAGGUUAUUGAGGCGGCGCCUGACGGCGGAGAGUUCGGCCCCGGCGAUGCUCAGCUCGACCUCAGCCGCGGCUUUCCUAGGUUUUACAUCAUGCAGCUGAAAAACCGGUCGCUGAAAUUUUCGACCAUCACACACCAUGCCAAUGUAACACAGUGUCUUGGAUCAAUUGGGGGCCGUGUUUGGUAUCUUGGAGUUGCUAAGCCAUCUAUCGUAGAUGCAAGUGGGCUUAAGGAGGAGGAGGAGGGCACACUGGUUGCUAAUAAUGUCCGGCGAUCAGAUUCUGGGCAUUUCUAUGUGCCUCCUGCUGUCGAUGAAGUGCGUGCAUUUAAAAUUACAGGCUCAAAGUUUAUAAAGCUAAAUAUAGGUACAUGGCAUGCCGGACCAUUGUUUAGAGAUGACGUAAUGGACUUCUACAAUCUGGAGCUAAGCAAUACAAAUGUAAAGCCUCAGUUCAACACUCAAAACCCUUGUUGAUCACACAACACACAGCUUCGUGAAGGAGAAUAAUGUGGUGUUUCGUUUGGAGGAGUAACGGUUUCUAUCGCGCAAAGGAGUCAUGUAAAGCCGAACAGGUAGGCAGGAAUGGUGGUCGUGCGAUUCUGCUUGCUCGGAUUGGGAUUGGCUUCUGCUCUUUUUCUCAAGUGACCGUUGCUCUACAAAAGAUUAGUACAUCAAAAUCCAUAUGAGUAAUUUGUAAUAAAACAUUGAGACUUGGUUUAUAAUGUGCACCUCCUUCAUGGCUUAAGUUACACACUUAGACUUUUGAUUCCCUAUGUGUGCUGAUUUGGUGAUUUUGAAUUGGUCACUCAGUUUUAAAACGAGCUAAACAUCAAAGUUGUUGCUAAACUCAGUUUUUGUUUUUUUAUUAAUAAAAAAGUAUAUGGUGU